AUGGAAGAAAAAAUUAAUUCAAUGUUAUUUGUUAAAAUUACUACCUUAAUCGUUUUAAGUUGGAUAUGCUAUAUUUAUAUAUAUACGAGCACGAAAAAAAGUUCUUUGGAUAAAUGUUACAGUUAUUGUAAAAAAUUAUAUUCAAGAAAUUAUCGUUUAAUGGCACAAUAUAAUGAGGAUAAGGAUUCAGUUUUUGUAUGUUUAAACGAAAAUGUACCAAAUGGGGUAAACUAUAAAAGAGAUAUAGCUAAUAAUGAAAAAUUGGUCGUAGAAAAAGAGAAAAAAUUAAAUAGACGUUUUUCAAGAAAUGUAAGAUGCCAUAAAAAAAAUAUGAAAAAUAAAUCGUGUGUAUUUGAGACAAAAAAAUAUUCCCGUUUGGAAAAAAAAAUAUUCAAAGAACUGGACUAUACAGAUUUUCUGAAAAACAGCAGAACAAUUAGUGAAAAGACUUACAAUAAAAUAAUGCGUAAAAAAUACGGAUUGCGACUAGCUUUACCUGUUAUCGUAAUACUAUUACUAUCAACAUCGCUCAUAUUGGAUUUUGGCGGAUUUGGACUUAUAGGAGCGUUGAUUAAGACAUUGAAUGCAAUUACAACAGGAUGGUUGGAAAGUUUACAUAUAGCAUUGAAGGGAUCGUUCUUAUGUGAUUUCCUCAAAUCUGUAGGUAAAGGAGUGAAAUCAGUAUCAAGGAAAGGUAAAGCCGUUCCAGAUCACUAUUAUGUAACAGGUUUUUUUGGUAUUUUUAUAUAUUUAAUACCUUUCAUUGUAAUAGGUGUAACAAUUAUAUUAUGGGUAAUAUAUUAUCAUAAAAAAGUAAAAAAAUAUGAAAAAAUUAAAUUUAUGAAAAGGUAA